AUGAGACAAGGCAAUAGAGACUUCGCCCUGCUAUCGGGCGAGCCAGGGAGAGCCCCCAAGCGCUUGAUAUUUUCCUACGUGCUCGACUGGAUGCUCAUCAUUCUUCUCGUCAUCGUUGGUGCAAUCCUAUACAGCAUCACCGGCUCCGAACACGUCUUCUCCCUCGACGACCCCAGCAUAUCGUAUCCCUUGAAAGAUGACACCGUAUCAAUCGUCACCGUCGGAAUCGUCUGCUGCGCCGUCCCCGCGCUUCUCAUCGCCGUCCUCAGUCUCCUCUUUCCGAUCCCUUGGAGACUCCGCUUCUGGGAAUGGCACGCCGGGUGGCUGGGACUGGGUCUCAGCCUCGCCGGCGCCUUCUUCGUCACCUCCGGCCUCAAGGACGUGGUGGGCAAGCCCCGGCCGGACCUGCUCGCGCGGUGCCAGCCCAACCUGUCCCUCAAUCUUACCGCGUACGCCGUCAGCGGGUUGGGCGUGGAGCGUCCGGAAGCCCCUGUGAUGGUCACCACGCGCAUCUGCCAAACUUCCGACUCCAAGACCCUCCGCGACGGAUUCGCCGCGUUUCCGUCCGGCCACUCCUCGUUCUCUUGGUCGGGCCUGCUCUACCUGUCGCUCUGGCUGGGGGCGAAGUUCGCCCGUGCUGUUCCUGCUCACCACGGGAACUCGUACAGCCAGGCGGCUGCUGCUCCACCCGUAUAUCUACUCUUACUGUCCGCUAUACCUAUCGGGGGUGCCCUCUAUAUCUGCGGCACGCGCUAUAUGGACUAUAUGCAUGCUGGGUGGGAUAUCAUGGGGGGGAGUUUGAUUGGGAUUACCUUUGCGAUCCUGGGCUUCCGCUGGUAUCACGCCCCAGCUGGGCAGGGAGAUGAGGGCUGGGGCUGGGCGCUGGGUCCGCGGUCAGCGGACCAUGCGUUCGGGGUGGGCUUGGUUGCCCCAGGGGAGUUUCGGGGCGAUGACCGGAGGCCGGUGGAGAAUCGAGAAGGGUUUCUGGAUGUCGAGCUCAACACUAUCGAUGGCUCGCAGAGUGUGUUGCGGGUUGCCAAUCCCUAG